UUUCGUGGUGAGCGGACGUGUUGCUGCGGAACAAAAAAUAAAGUAAAUGAAAAAUUUGUUGUACAAUCAAAAAUAAUAAUUCCCGAAUUGUAAUUGUGCAAAAAUAUUGUAUUUAACGCAUUGAAUUUGAUUCAAUGCCCGCAGCGUUACUAAAUAAACAAGUGUUCGCAAAAUAAAUAAACAUCUUGAUAUUGAAAUCAAAACAUAACAAGCAAGAAAUUGAAAUUGAAAAGAGAAAAAGCAAAAACCAACAACAAUUGUGGAAGAAAAGCCGACGACAAGAACGAGAAUCAAAGCAUAGAAAUAAAAAAUAAAAAAAAAUAACUGUGUAUGCGCCAAGUUUUCUGUUUUUGUGGUUGUACUCGACAAAUAAAAAUACAAGCGAAAUAAACAAAAAAAAAACUUGGGAAACAACAAAAACAAAACAUGUUCAAGUGAAAAAAGGAAGCAGAUUAUUAUAGCAUUGUUGUUGUCGUUGUGUGCGCGCUUGUAGCAUAACGUAGUAAGGCGACGUAAGCGCAACGUGAAACGUGAAAAGGGCCCAAGCUAAAAGAAACAACAAAAAACACAGACGCAGCACAAGUGCAUCGCGACCGUCAUUCUCUCUCCUUCGCUCGUCCGUGUACGCGCGUGUGUUUUACAUAUGUGUGUGUGAGACAGGAACAGACGGAAGUACUUUUUAGGUUCUUUGUGGCUGUCGUUGCUGCUGCCAAAGCCGGCCAACGUCUCCAGAUUUCGAUUUUGUUGUUGCGUUUUGUUUCAUUUUGUUUUUGUUUGCUCUGCGCGCCAUGGCAAAUAAGAAACAUCACAUGAAGCAAAUUUAAGAGACACACACACACACACAUAUAUACAUAGGAUUACUCCACCUAUCUCCAGAAGUGAGUCUCCACAAUGGCCACUUGACAGCAGCAGCAAAAAGCAGAACCAGGAAAUCAGCAAAGCAAGCAGCAGCAACAAAGUGCAUGCAUUGCGUUGCGUGACGAUAACGCCACACGUUACGUUACGUUACGUCUUAGUGCUGCAGUUGUAGUUGUCCGGCAAUAACAACCACAACAACACUAGCAAUAGCAACAAGCGUAUUCUCUGGAUCUGGACAACAUAUCCGCUUCCGCGUUGCGCUGUCGCUAAAAAGCUUAAAGCUUAAAGAACGACAGAAAAACAGACAACAAUUAUUACAACAACAAGGAACUACGUCACGGCACAGUGGAGCUAAAGCAAACAGAUUAAUCCCAAGAAUCUUGUGGCUUUGGGCAUGAUCUAAAUUUCCAUCCCCAACGCGUUGCAUGUCCAAAAUGAAAAUGCUUCCAGUACAGCUAUCACUGAAUCCAAACAUCUGGACCGAUGUCAUGUGGCGUUGCCCGCCACCGCCAUCCAGCCAAUUGGCUGAACUGAAGACACAACUGCCCCCAUCGUUGCCGUCGGAUCCACGGCUCUGGAGUCGCGACGAUGUGCUCGUCUUUCUGCGCUUCUGUGUGCGCGAAUUCGAUCUGAAUAAGCUCGACUUUGAUCUCUUCCAAAUGAACGGCAAGGCCUUGUGUAUGCUAACCCGAGCUGACUUUGGUCAUCGGUGUCCCGGUGCUGGCGAUGUGCUCCACAAUGUGCUCCAGAUGCUCAUCAUUGAGUCGCAUAUGCUGCAAUGGCAUUUACCCAACAGUCCGGUGACGCCGACCGGUCGUUAUCCGUUGUCGCCGCACAGUCAUCCGCCGACUCCCACCUGGCCACCAUUGAAUGCUCCAACCGAUCCCAGCAGCAAUCCCUUCCACAGCAGCAGCUCGGCGGCCGCCGCUCAUAUGGCGGCGCAUCAUUUUAUGGCGCCCAAUUCCGUGACACUUAGCCCGCCACCUUCGGUUGAUUCGCAGGCCAGCAGUCCGCCACAGCCGACGCCAUAUGCCCAAAAUGGUGGCGUCUCCAUUGCAUCAUCGUCCACCACAUCGUCGUCAUCAGCAUCAUCGGUAGCCACAACAAGCGCUGCAGCUGCCACAUCGUCGAGUGGCAGCAGCUCAGCCAGCAACGGAGUGCAACCCAUGAAGGGUAUCAGCAGCGCCAGCAGCAAUCACUCCGACUCCGAUGAGGAGUACUCCGAAUCAGCAGCAACCAACAACAACAGCAGCAAUAAUGUGAAUGGCAGCAAACUGAAUACGUUGCCAGGUGGCGCGCUCUCCUACAGCGCUGGCAGUCCGCCUGGCACACCCAUCCACAAGGAUCUAAAACCCAACUGGACGCAGCAGUUGACCAAUAGUUUUGUCAACUCCUGGUCUCAGCAACAGCAGCAGCAACAGGCGGCACAACAACAGCAACAGGCCGCUCAGCAGCAACAACAACAGCAGCAACAGUUGCCACAGAAGCUGACGCUGGAUAACACAGCUGGUGCUGUGCCAGCUUCAGUUGGUGGUGGCUCUAUCUCAGCGCCCACGACUCCCAGUUACAUGUACAAAGCGAAGCGUGAAUUCUUCCCAGAGAACUCGGAGCCCAAUACAAAUGGCCGCCUGCUAUGGGAUUUUUUGCAACAGCUGCUGAACGAUCGCAAUCAGAAGUACAGCGAUUUGAUAGCCUGGAAAUGCCGCGAUACGGGCGUCUUCAAGAUUGUCGACCCCGCCGGUCUGGCCAAGCUGUGGGGCAUACAGAAGAAUCAUUUGUCGAUGAACUAUGACAAAAUGUCGCGCGCCCUGCGCUAUUAUUAUCGUGUCAACAUCUUGCGCAAGGUGCAGGGGGAACGGCAUUGCUAUCAGUUUCUGCGUAAUCCCACCGAGCUGAAGAACAUCAAGAAUAUAUCGCUGUUGCGCCAAACGACGACGCCAGCGAAUGGUGUCAAUGCAACGCCAGCGACGCCCAAUCAGGGCAACAACCAGGCACCCAGCAGUCCAGCUGCUGUAGCCAACAACUGGACGCAACAACAGCAACAGCAGCAGCAGCAGCAACAACAACAGCAGCAACAGCAACUGCAACAGUCGCCACAGCGUCCUGCAUCGCGGAAUGGUCCGCCAAUGAGUCUGCCCACAGCUGCUGCGGUGGCAGCCGCUGCUGCAGCUGCCGCAUAUGGUUUGCAGCCACCAUCGCCGCUGUUUAUGCACUAUUUGUCCGCUAAUGCGGCGGCUGCUGCGGCCGCUGGACCGCCACCAAAUUCACCAGCGGCUGUGGCCUGUUUGACGCCAGGUGCUGCCGGACAGACGGGCGACAAGUUUCAGUUCCAUCCGCUGAAGCUGGAGAAUGGUGGUGGCGUGAGCUCGGACAGCGCUGGCGAAGAUCUGAAGCCCACCGAUUUGAGUGUGAGCAGCAAGAGUGCGAGCAGCAACAGCAAUAGCGUCAACAAUAACAACAACAACAACGAGGAUUGCUAUCCGCUCAUACGCAAUGCCGACGGCCUGACCACCAUCAAGCUGAUACGCUACAACGAGCCAACGCCAAUCACGACGACGACGAUGACGACGACAACGCAUGCGGAGCAACAGCUCUCGCCCAAGUCGGAGCGCAGCCUGGAGGAUGGCUCGCCAAGGCCCAUGGAUGCCACUGUGGAGCAUCAACAGCAUUCGCAGGCGGUGCCCAUGGAAAGCGACGGCGUCUAAGAAGGCAACGCAGCAAAAGGACAGGCAAAGACAAGCAAGGACAAUCAGCCAAUCCCUCAUUUUUACUUCCCCCGCAUCCACAACUUUACCUGAGCAACAAAUGCAGCUGCCGCAUGGGACCAGCAGACACACACACACACACACAUACACACCUUUUGUAAAUACAACACACACAGAAGCAGGCAAGAAGUAAUCCUGCUAUUAAUAAUAGUGCAUAAAUAGUUGCAUUAGCAUUAAUUAUUAAGCUUAACAAUACAAUAUAUUUUAUACUCUAAGACCCACAAUCAUAAACACACACAUGCCUGCAAUACACCCAUACAUGCACACACCAACACACACACACACACAUUUACAUGUAAUUUGUUUAUAGAGUUGUAAGUAGUUCUUUUUUUGAUUGGCGCAGCGCAGCCUUCAACGAUUUACGAUUUAUACAGAGUUAUGUGCCAAUUUUCGACAUAUUAAAUAACAUUAAUUAUUCAUUAAAAUACACAUUAAGUUUUAAUCACACACACACCCAUACACCUACACAUGCCCCACAUUAAGAUGUAGUAGUGUGUAAUUAGAAUGUAAGUGUUGUCACCUUUGAGCUUUACAAUGUUGCCUCAACAAUGGUUUCACGUCGUAACAUGGAAAACAAAAUUGUUAGAAAAUCAAUAUAUAUACAUUUACACACAUCUAUAUAUGAACAUAUAUACAAAAUAUUAUAUAUAUAUUAAAUUGAAAAGCGAACGAAAUUUGGAAAAUUGUUAAUGAAUUAUACAAAAACAAAAAAAGAUAAGAGGAGAUCGAAACGAAUUCGGAUGCAGCCAUUUAAUUUUCAUUUUCAUUCAAAUUGUGAUAAACAACAAACAAAGUUUUGCAACAAUUGGCUUCCAUUUAUUGAAAACAAACAAACAAACACACACACAUACACAAUCUACAUAUGUAUUUAUGUAUUGUAUUUAGUUCUUAGUUGCCUAACUUGAUAAGUUGAAAGGUGUUCAAACAGCAAAACAACAAUUAAAUGAAAACAAUUUCUUUUGUACAUUUUUAAAGGCACUUUAUUGAUUAUAAUUACACACACACACACCGACACCAACACCAACACCAAUACAAGAAAAAAUGGUAGCAUUACAAUUACAAUGAUGAAUUAUUCUAUGAUUAUAAAACUAGCGCAUAUUGCAUAUUAAGUAUACGUAUGAUGAUUAUGAUGAUAUAUUAGAGAGAUAUAUGAUGAUGAUUAUAUAUAUAGUUUGUUUGUUUUUUCUUAACGCAUAAGUUUAAACACCGCCAAUAGCUAAUAAUUAGCACUUUAGUGUCGCCACAAUACCUGUUCUUCCAUUGAAAAACCUUAUCUUUCGAUAAUAGUAUAUAUAAAUGAUGAUAAUUGAUUAUGA